AAGAUCCUAAAUAUCAGGCUAUAUUAUAUAUACAUAUUACUAUAUAUACAAGGAAAUAAUGGCCAAUACUUGGUCAUAAACACCAGAUCAUCUUUUGCUAUAUUUAUACAUGUUAUUAGUUUUCCUGGUAUAGCUGGAAAUGGUGAAGUAUGUGCUAGCUUGUAUGAUAAAAUUGUUGUAGUGGUUUUCUCCUGUUGCUAGGGAUUUUUCUGCCUCGCCUCUGGGCUAGGUUUGAACAUACUUCGUCUCAAUAUCCCCUUUGAUUCUCUCUUUUCUUUCAACAUUGUUAAAUGGGCUGAAUAGCGGGAACAGGUGUUUAAUCUUGAACGGUGUGCACCUCUUCCUUGAAAAUGGAGAAAAAAGGAGGAAUAUUGAUGAACAAGUAUGAGCUCGGGCGAUUGCUUGGACAAGGGACAUUCGCCAAGGUCUACCAUGGGAGAAACCUCAAGACAGGCCAAAGUGUAGCUAUUAAGAUCAUUGAUAAGGAGAAGAUUUUGAAGGUUGGUUUGAUUGAUCAAAUCAAACGAGAAAUCUCUGUAAUGCGCCUGGUUAGGCAUCCCCAUAUUGUGCAGCUUUAUGAGGUGAUGGCAAGCAAAAACAAGGUAUAUUUCAUCAUGGAGUAUGUGAAAGGAGGUGAACUUUUCAACGAAGUUGCCAAAGGGAAGCUCAAAGAAGACACUGUAAGAAAGUAUUUUCAACAAUUGAUUGGAGCUGUUGAGUUUUGUCAUAGCCGAGGGGUGUAUCAUCGCGAUCUCAAGCCAGAGAAUCUCCUUCUUGAUGAAAAUGGUGACUUGAAGAUUUCAGAUUUUGGGUUGAGUGCAUUGCCGGAAUCAAUAAGACAGGAUGGUCUUCUUCACACAACAUGCGGAACUCCUGCUUAUGUUGCUCCGGAAGUUAUCAACAAGAAGGGUUAUGAUGGAGCCAAAGCUGAUAUUUGGUCAUGUGGGGUUGUUCUUUAUGUUCUUAUGGCUGGUUAUCUCCCUUUCUAUGAUUCUAAUCUCGUGGAAAUGUACAAGAAGAUCACAAGAGGUGAAUUCAGAUGCCCCAACUGGAUUCCACCGGAAGUUCGAAAACUUCUGUCCAGGAUUCUUGAUCCGAAUCCUAACACAAGAAUCACCAUGGCUAAGCUCAUGGAAAAUACCUGGUUAAAGAAGAAUUUUAAAAAACCUAAAAUCCCACAAUUCCCACAAGGCCAACAGAGAAACAAGAUGAUCAGCGAUGUUCAUGCUGCGUUUGAGUCAUCAGAAAGCGAGAGUAGUUCAACUACAUCAAUGGCAAGCAGAAGUCCAGUUAGACCUCAUCUUUUUAAUGCCUUUGACAUUAUAUCUCUCUCCCAAGGCUUUAAUUUAUCAGGCUUAUUCGAGCCAGCUGUGAACGGCAGUCUAGAAACGAGGUUCACUACAACAAAGCCAGUCUCGGCCAUUGUGUCCAAGUUCGAAGAGAUAGCAAUGACGGAGAAAUGUAACUUCAACAAGGAGGAUGGAACAGUGAAAUUAAAACACAGCAAAGAAGGGAGAAAAGGGCAGCUCACAAUAGACGCUGAAAUCUUCGAAGUGACACCAUCUUUUCACGUGGUGGAGCUGAGGAAAGCAGCCGGAGAUACAAUAGAAUAUAAAGACUUCUGCAGCCAAGAACUGAAGCCUUCUCUGAAGGACAUAGUGUGGACUUGGCAAGGAGUUGAAUAGUCUCAACCAUAGCCAUCACUUAUGUUGUAAGUUUUGCCCUGUAUAUAGGAUAGCCAGAGGCAGAGGUACUUGUACCUCCAAUAAAACUAUGUGAACACCCUUUUGUCCAUUUCAAUUCUUUCAAUUCGCUUUUCUUAUUCUUUGCA